AUGGCAUUACAACCUCUUUCAUCACGCGCAUAUGAACUUCGGAUUCUGGUUUUUGGAAAGACUCAAAGUAAAAAAUCAAUUCUAACCAACUUCAUCACUGGGAAAAAAGAUUUGACUGGGGAUCUUCUGCAAAAGGUGUCCCCAUCCACUACAGUCACUCAAGGACAGUAUAGGAAAACACGCCUAACAAUAGUGAAAACUUCAGAUGUCUUCAGUUUAGCUGGAGAGAAGGUGAAGCAUGAAAUGAAGAAGUGUGUGGCUCUUUGCCCCCCUGGACCAAAUGUUCUGCUCCUGUUAGUAAAGCCUUCUGAAUUCAGUGAAGAAGACAGACAAAAACUAAAGCUCAUCCUAAGAUUCUUUGGUCAAGAUGCUUUUAAAUAUGCAAUGGUCAUUUUGACACAUAGUGAGGAGAAAACAACUUCAGCUGUGGAUCGACUCAUACAGGACUGUAGACAAAGGCAGCAGAGAAUCAACUUUGACAAAAAAGAUCUGCCAGAAAAGGAUCUUCAAGAACUUGUGGAAAAGAUGGAGAGCAUAGUGAAUGAAAACAGAGGAGGCUAUCUAAACAGAGGUGAAGAAGCUGACACCACAACUUUUAAACCGCCUCUUAACCUGGUAUUGUGUGGGACAUAUGAAGUUCUGAAGAGUUCAGCAGCCAAUGCCAUUGUAGGAAAACACCAGUUUGGUAAACCUGCUGACUCCUCAGAAUGUGUUAAGAUGGAGACACAGGUGUGUGGACGUUUAGUGUCCCUGGUGGAGAUGCCUGCUUUGUAUGGAAAAUCUCCUGAGGCAAUAAAGAGCUGCAAAAAGCAAUGUGUUUCUCUCUGGAAUCCCGAAGGUGUCCAUGCCUUUAUCCUGGUCCUUCCUGUGGGACCCCUCAGUGACGAAAACAAGCGAGAGUUCGAGAUCAUCCAGAAUGAAUUUGGAUCUCAGGUCAUCGACUUCACCAUGAUUCUUUUUGCAGUGGAAUCAGAUCCCACAGAUCCAGUUGUUGUCAACUUUAUUAGUGAAAACAGAACCAUCCAGGAGCUCUGUCAGAGUUGUGGAGGACGAAACAUCAUCUUCAACAUCAAAGACAAGCAGCAGGUCUCUGAGGUGUAGCACACUGUGGAGAAGAUGACAGCUAUGGGAUCUAAGUGCUUCACAAGACAAAUGCUUGUUGAGCCUCGAUUGAUUAAACUCAAAGAGAUGAUAGUGGACUACAGGAAGUCUAACAAAGACAACUCUAUCUUUAUCAAAGCAUCCGAACUCAGGAUUGUGAUAUUUGGAAAAAACCAACAUGAAAAGGCAACUUUAAGUAACUUGAUCACUGGUAAAAGAGAUUCUCAUCCUCUAAAAAUAUUAAAGAAAUCCAUUGCUCAAGGACAAUGGGGAAAAAUUCCCAUAACAGUGGUGAAAACCUCAGACAUCUUCAGUCUUCCUGUGGAAAAAGUCAGACAUGAGAUGAAGAUGUGUGUGGCACGUUGUCACCCUGGGCCAAAUGUCCUGCUGCUGUUAGUGAAACCUUCAGAUUUCACAAAGGAAGACAGACAAACACUGAAGUUCAUCUUGAGUUUGUUUGGUCCAGAUGCGCUUAAAUAUUCAAUGGUCAUCAUAACACAAAAGGAUGAAGAAAAGAAUGUGGCAGUCGAUCAAUUUAUCCAGGACUGCGGACAAAGACAACAUAAAUUCAACUUUGACAAAAAAAACAUUGACUUUGAUUUUGAAAUACUGAUGGAAAAGAUCAGCCAAAUUGUGACUGCCAACAGAGGAGGACAUCUAAAUUUUUCUGAAAAACCUCAAAUUCCAAAUCUGAAACCUAUGAAUUUGGUACUGUGUGGGAGGUUUAGAGUUGGGAAGGCAUCAACUGCCAGUGCCAUUUUGGGAGAAAAAAAAAUAGAAUCUAAUUCAUCAGCGUGUGAUAAAAAUGAGGCAAAGGUGUGUGGUCGACUGGUUUCAGUAGUGGAACUGCCUGCUCUCCAUGGAAAAUCUCAGGAGGAAGCAGUUAGUGAAGCAAUCAAGACAGUUUCUCUCUGUGAUCCUGAGGGUGUCCACGCUUUCAUCCUAGUUCAACCCUUGGAUCACCUUACUGAUGAAGACAAGAGUGAGGUGGAGACCUUCAAACAAAUAAUGAGCUCUAAAGUCAAGGACUUUACAAUGGUUCUUUUUACUGUGGAGACCGAUCCUACACACCCAGGUAUUGUUCACUUUUUAAAAAUGAACACAGAGAUCAAAGAGCUCUGCGAGAGUUUCAGUGGCCGAUAUGUUAUCCUCAACAUCAAGGACAGACAGCAGAUCCCUCAGUUAUUGGAUGCUGUGGAAGAGAUGAAAACACCAUUUAAAGGCUUCAAAAAAGAAAUUAUUGAAAACCCUUUCAUGCACAAAAGCGCAGGAGGUAAAUACAAAAUGGGAAAGUCAAGAUUUGAAAAAAAGAGCCAGGACUGUCUCAGGAUUGUGAUGAUUGGGAAAACUGGAAGUGGAAAGAGUGCCACUGCAAACACUAUUUUGGGAAAAGAACACUUCCAUUCAAAACCCAGUUCGGGAUCAGUGACCGUGGAUUGCAAAAAAGUAACAGGAGAGAUUGAUGGGCGCUCUGUUGCUGUGGUGGACACACCUGGUUUAUAUGACACGAAGCUGUCCAAUGAUAAAAUUAAACAGGAACUCAGGAAAUGUCUCACAAUGUUGGCUCCUGGACCUCAUGCAAUCUUACUUGUCCUGAAGAUUGGUCGCUUUACGAAGGAGGAAAAAAAAACUGUGGAGCUCAUCCAAAACGUUUUUGGCAAGAAUUCAAAUGACUUCAUCAUUAUCUUAUUCACCAGAGGAGAUGACCUAAAAAAUGAAACAAUUGAGAGUUAUAUAGAAGAAGACAGCGAAGGAUUCCUUAAAAAACUGACAGCUGAUUGUGGAGGACGAUACCAUGUGUUCAAUAACAAUGAUCCAAGUAACCACUCUCAAGUCAGUCAGCUGCUCACCAAGAUUGAGUCAAUGGUGAAGAAAAAUGGUGGCAGCUACUACACUUUAGAAAUGUUCAAAGAGGCAGAGGCAGCAAUUCAGAAGGAAAUGCAGAAGAUUAUGAAGGAGAAAAAAGAAGAGAUAGAAAGACAGAAGAAGGACCUUGAGAAAGAACAUGAAAAGAAACUCCAAGAGGCACAGCUAAAAAUUCAACAAGAAAGAGCUGCAAGAGAAAAAGCAUUGCAAGAGAAGGAAGAACUCAUUAAGAAAGAGGAGGAGGAGAACAAAAUGAUAGAGGAAAAGAGGACAGAAGAGGAAAGAGAGAGGAAACAGAGGGAAGAAAUUCAGCAACACCCGUGGAAACAAAAGGGGAAGAAAAUUCAAUCUGAAUCAGAAGAAAAGACAAUUACGGGCCAAAAUUUGAUACAAAAUUCAGAGAACAUCAGAAAAGAAAGUGAGGUUUGGGGAAAAGAACCAAAAGAGUGGCAGAAGAAACGACUUCAAGAUGGCCAACACAGAUUGAAGGAGCAAACACGACUGAAAAGGCUCAGAGAAGAAUAUGAACAGGAAAAGAAAGAAUAUCAAAUCCAAAAAGAACAGGAGGAAAAAGAAUGGCAAGAAUUACAUGAAAAUUUUCAAAAGCAAGUGGAGGAAAUGAUGAAGAAAAAUCAAGAGGAAGCCAGAAAACAAACAGAGGAGUUUAAUGAAUUCAGACAGAGAUUAACAACUGACUUUGCAGUUGCGGUAGCUACACAAGAAAGAGAAUUUGAAAAUAUGAAGCUAAAACAACAAAAAACCAAUGACUUCAUGAUUCAACAGCUGUGCCGAAAAAAGGAAAAUAAGAAGGACUUGGGUCAAAUGAAUAAGCGACAAGAAAAAGAAAUGAAUGAGCUUAAACGUUCUUGUCAAGCCGUAAAACAAAUUGAUGAACUGCAGAAACAACAUGAGGACGAAAUAGAUAAGUGGAUCCAAGAACAUAUGGAGAAAGCCAAAGAACAACAAUUUUGUAAAGUUUUAUAA